CGCCCGUGGGCGCCGGGGAGGGCAGGUCUGGACGUCGCUCGCGCGCCGCCUGGGCUCCCCUCCCCCACCCGCUGGUGCGCCCGCGCGGACACCGGCCGCGGGGGGAGGGGUCCGGGGCGCGCGCUGGGGCGCCCCUCGCGGAACGGCCGGCGUCGCGCGUUUCUUCUUAGGGGCGCGCUCUCGACUGGAGCACGCGGCGUCCAAACCCGGCCCGGGGGCGGCGAGGGAAAAGCGCGCGAGAGGUCUCGGCGCGCGCGCCCCACCCAAGGCUGUUCCUGUCUGCGCGUCACCCUCCCUCGGCAGCCGGAUCCGUCUAGGGAGCAGGCCUCCGGUGUGGCUGUCUCUGAUGGUGUCAUCAAGGUGUUCAACGACAUGAAGGUGCGUAAGUCUUCAACGCCAGAGGAAGUGAAGAAGCGCAAGAAGGCGGUGCUCUUCUGCCUGAGUGAGGACAAGAAGAACAUCAUCCUGGAGGAGGGCAAGGAGAUUCUGGUGGGCGAUGUGGGCCAGACUGUCGACGACCCCUACGCCACCUUUGUCAAGAUGCUGCCAGAUAAGGACUGCCGCUAUGCCCUCUAUGAUGCAACCUAUGAGACCAAGGAGAGCAAGAAAGAGGACCUGGUGUUUAUCUUCUGGGCCCCCGAGUCUGCGCCCCUUAAGAGCAAAAUGAUCUAUGCCAGCUCCAAGGACGCCAUCAAGAAGAAGCUGACAGGGAUCAAGCAUGAAUUGCAAGCAAACUGCUACGAGGAGGUCAAGGACCGCUGCACCCUGGCAGAGAAGCUGGGGGGCAGUGCCGUCAUCUCCCUGGAGGGCAAGCCUUUGUGAGCCCCUUCUGGCCCCCUGCCUGGAGCAUCUGGCAGCCCCACACCUGCCCUCGGGGGUUGCAGGCUGCCCCCCUUCCUGCCAGACCGGAGGGGCUGGGGUGAUCCCAGCAGGGGGAGGGCAAUCCCUUCACCCUAGUUGCCAAACAGACUCCCCACCCCCUGGAUUUUCCUUCUUCCUCCAUCCCUGACGGUUCUGGCCUUCCCAAACUGCUUUCGAUCUUUUGAUUCCUCUUGGGUUGAAGCAGACCAAGUUCCCCCCAGGCACCCCAGUUGUGGGGGAGCCUGUAUUUUUUUUAACAACAUCCCCGUUCCCCACCUGGUCCUCCCCCUUCCCAUGCUGCCAACUUCUAACCGCAAUAGUGACUCUGUGCUUGUCUGUUUAGUUCUGUGUAUAAAUGGAAUGUUGUGGAGAUGACCCCUCCCUGUGCCGGCUGGUUCCUCUCCCUUUUCCCCUGGUCACUGCUACUCAUGGACGCAGGAGCAGUAAGGGACCUUCGAUUAAAAAAAAAAAGACAAUAAUAAAAA